AUGGUAACAAGUCCUUCUUCCAGAAUACGCUCUCCACUCUCCAUCUCAAAUGCACUCUUCCCAACUCUCCUCGUCGCUUGGUAUCUAUUAACACUACUUACGUCGGUCAGCGCAACUUCUUUGACAUACAAGGUUGCUGCACACGAGAAAGCAUGUUUCUACGCGGUUGCUGACAAAGUUGGAGAAAAGAUUGCGUUUUACUUUGCGGUCCAAGAUGGGGGUUCCUUCGAUAUAGAUUACAUCGUAAACGAUCCCCGAGGCAAAGUAGUAAUUUCUGGUGACCGCGAACGACAAGGCGACUAUAUCUUUACGGCUAAUUACGUCGGUGAAUACUCUUUCUGCUUCGCAAACGACAUGUCAUCCUUUGCAGAAAAACUCGUCGAUUUCGAAAUCACCGUCGAAAACGAGCCCCGCGCCGAAAUUCCUCAACGGACGCCCGUGCCUGACAAGUCUGCCAAAAUGGAUGACAGUUUGUUUAGACUAAGUGGAAGUUUGAGUUCCAUCGCAAGGACGCAAAAGUAUUUUAGAACUAGGGAGAAUAGAAAUCUUUCUACUGUAAAAAAUACAGAGAGCAGGAUCUUUUGGUUUGCGUUGUUGGAGAGCUCGUUGAUUAUUGGUAUGGCUGCCUUGCAAGUGUUUGUCGUCAGGACUUUCUUCAACACCAGGAAGAGUCAAAGGGUGUAA